CUGUUGGCCUCGCUUGAGAACAGUUGAUCUCUGUCGAUCUGAGUUCAUACACACAAUAAAAAUUACACACUAUAUACUACUCACUACAAACAGUAAUAUCAAUUUUAUAUAUUAAUAUAUAAUAUAUAACAUACACUAAUUUCCAUAAAAAUAUUUAAACACAGUGCGGACUACAAUUGAAUGCUGUCUUGCGGAAUUAGCAGUUCACAUGUCGCAAGUUUUUGAGUUUCGCAUAAAUAUUUCCUGUAUUUAAAUUAUCCAUCAAUUAAUUUAUCAAUCAAUUAACUGAUAGUUAUAUUUAUCAAGUGUCAGUUUAAAUUGUCUUCAAAAUAAUUCAAAUGCGGUCAGUUCUCCAAUAGCUUGCAGAUGAAUCGAAGAUGAUGAGCAUUAAAGAGCCAUGAGUAAAAAUCAAUCAAGGAUGAUGCAUGUAAACGGGCACAAUCAGAGCUCAUCUCAGGAAAUGGAUGAGAUGUUGGAAUGCGAGACAGGAUCUCUCCUUGGCAGAGUAGCAGACCUCGAGAGACAGUCCUUGGCACAAAGGGACGAGAUUGUCUGUCUCCGUGCAACUUUAGCAGACGCAUUACGACGUAUAACGCAGCUGGAGAACCGUGACAAGAGAGAUGACGAGAAACAUGAUAGAAAGAAUGAUAGAUUGUUGUCGUCGCCUUUGAGAAACGGUCAUAUAUCUUUGAGAGCGACACAAAAUUCUGUACAAAAGGAUGUGAUGAGAAACCGACAGACUAAUUCACCGUGCCUAAAAAAUUCAUCGUCUUCUGGAUCAAGUCAGGAUGUCAGAGAUUCAAAUGUUAAUUCUAGAAGACCUGCUAGUUAUACUGCACCUUCGCAACUGCCACAAAGACGAUCAGUCCACUACCAAUCAACAAAUUCAUUGCAUUCAGACAGUCCCAGUAGCAGCAGUGUCUCCCCUGUGCCAUCACCCAGCCCUAGAGCGACCCCAUUACCCACUGCCAGCAGGUCGCCUACCGCCCGAUCCAACGGACCUCCUCAAAGUAGUCUGAGACGCGCGAAACGUUGGUCAUCAACCGGAGACUUUAUUCACUCUCCCCAGUCGCCAAACAAUUCUCACCUAACCAGCUCCAGAUUAUCAACAUCAACCAAGUCACUGUUCAACCUGUUCAAGCCUCCGGUCCUGAACAACGUCAAGCAUGGUACCAGAGACAUGCAGUACAACGAGUCGGAAGGGACCGUGCGAAUGUAUUUGCGUGGAAGACCCAUAGUCCUCCAUGUUCCUACAUCCUAUGUUGAUAGUUACGACCUACACAAAGUUAACACACCACCGCAGAGUAAAUUGAAGCUGGACUGGGUCUAUGGAUACCGGGGAAAAGAUUGCCGCAGUAAUUUACACCUUUUGCCGACUGGUGAAAUUGUAUACUUUGUCGCAUCCGUGGUCGUCCUUUAUAAUAUGGAAGAACACUGCCAGAGGCACUAUUUAGGACAUACUGAUGAUGUUAAAUGUAUUGCCAUUCAUCCUAAUAAAUUAGUCGUCGCUACUGGACAAGUUGCCGGUACUGACAAACGGGAUGCGAUGCCUCACAUAAGAAUAUGGAACGCAGUAAGUCUUGCUACGCUGACUGUAAUUGGCGUUGGUGAAUUCGACGGAUCAAUUUGUUGCCUGUCAUUUUCAAAAGCUGACGGCGGGAGUUUUCUUUGUGCAAUUGACGAGACUUCUGAUCACAAUAUUUCUAUUUGGGAUUGGCAGAAGGGUGAACGCGGUACCAAAGUUACCGAGACGAAGUGCUCAGUGGACACGGUCGUGUGCGCAGAGUGGCAUCCGUUGGAACGCAACCAAAUAGUAUCCUGUGGCAAAGGACACGUAUCAUUCUGGUCACUUGACAAUGGCGGUAUGCUUUAUAAACGUAUGGGAGUUUUUGAGAGCCGGGAGAAGCCAAGAUACGUAACUUGUUUGGCGUUUAAUCAAAAUGGUGACGUUUUAACUGGAGAUAGUAAUGGAAAUGUAAUUAUAUGGGCGCGAGGGACAAAUACUAUUUCUACGUUGGUAAAAAGUUUACAUGAAGGAUCAAUAUUUUCAAUAUGUGUAUUGAAGAACGGAAAUAUUGUCACCGGAGGUGGUAAAGACGGUCGUAUUCUAUACUUGGAUAACUCCUUGCAACCAACAGGUGAAGGAGCACAAAUUGAAGAUCAUUUUGGCGGAAUAAGAACAGUGUCAGAAGGAAGGGGGUCGCAAUUAUUGAUCGGCACUACGAGAAAUUGUAUUCUAGUUGGAGACACGGAAAUAGGAUUCUGUCCAGCGAUGCUGGGUCACACUGAAGAGGUAUGGGGUCUUGCUGCACAUCCUACUUUGCCCCAAUUCGCGACCGCUGGACAUGACAGACUUCUCCAGAUGUGGGACAGUCUCAGUCAUUCGGUCGUUUGGAGCAAAGACAUAGGAGAGUUGGCUCAGAGCGUUUGUUUUUCUCCCGAUGGCAGUGUUAUGGUGGUAGGAUGUGUCUCUGGUAAAUGGCUGGUUAUUGACAGCGAGUCGAGGGAAUUUUAUACCCAUCAUUCAGAUGGUUCGGAGGCGCUUCAGGUUGCUAGAUAUUCACCCGAUGGUACUCUACUAGCUAUCGGCUCACGUGAUAAUUGUAUUUAUAUUUAUCAAAUAAAUGAGACGGCUAAAAAAUAUAACAGAGUCGGUAGAUGUAUGGGACAUUCAAGUUUUGUUACUCAUCUAGAUUGGUCUGUAGACAGUCAAUAUUUACGAAGUAAUAGUGGAGAUUAUGAAUUAUUAUAUUGGAAUCCUGGAGUAUGCAGACAAAUUCCACAAUCAUCAAAUUUAAAAGACAUUGAAUGGGCAACACAUACAUGCGUGAUAUCCUUUGAAACGAUAGGAAUCUGGCCAGAAGGUGCUGACGGUACGGACGUCAACAAUUGCAGCCGCAGUGGGGAGGGUAAAUUACUGGCAACUGGAGAUGACUUUGGUAAAGUCAGAUUAUUUUCUUAUCCGGCGUGUCAGCCAAAGUCACUUUCAUACACGUACGGCGGACACUCGAGUCAUGUAACAAACGUUACAUUCCUUCACGAUGACACACGUAUUGUAUCAAUAGGUGGAAACGAUACCAGUGUUCUUCAAUGGAUUGUUAAUUAAUAAAACAAAUAAACCGAUAACACACAAGUCGAAAAUAUUUCAAACCAACACAUUAAAUGCACAAUCAAAAUAUUGUUUUUAAAUAAACUCAGUAAUCCUUGGAAAGUUAUUUUAUAUAUUAUUAUAUUUAAAUAUAAAUAUAUAAUAAUAUAUGUAAUGAUACCGUCCAUACAAGAUAUGUCAAUUUUCACACGCGCGUGCUGCGAGACUUGUGUUGUUGAUUAUUUUUUUUAAAAACAAUAAUUACUAUCAAUAUAUAUAAAUAAAUAUAUAUAUAUUUUCAAUGAGAGUUAAUUAUAAUGUAAGAAGAAGUAUAUUUUUUUGGAAAGUCUUUAACUAAAUUAAUUUAAAUUUAAUAAAAUAGUGUACAAUAAUUUACUAUACUGUAAAAAAUUUCGGAGUACAUGCGAAGUCAAUUCGGAGCAAAUUGAUGUUUAUUUGCUUAAUCCUCGGAGUAAAAUUUACUCCCAAAGGGAUGAUCCUGGUUAGCAAACAAUUAACAAUUUUAGAAUUUCUUUUUUCAACAAUUUAAUUACAAAAAAAAAAAUCUAAAAAAAUGCACAUGCAGAAAAUUAAAAAAACUACAGACGCAUUUUUUUAAUAAUUUUUUGUUUAAAAAAAAAUAAAAAAUUAUUUGACCUCGAUUAACUUCAGUAUCAUCCAGAGGGAGUUUAUUUGAAAAUUAAAACUCUGAAUCAGAGAAAUAAAACCCAGUUAACUCCAACAUUACUCCACUAAAAAGAAACUCCGUACGCGGUUUUUUUUGUACUCCGAAAUGAGUGAAUUCGAAUUCAAAUAAAAUCCGAAGUCACUCCGAAUUUUAAAAUGCAAUAUUUAGUUAUUGUUUCUGUUAAA